CUGGAGAUAGAAUGGAAGAGCUGUUCAGCUGGAGGAUGAGCGGAACCAGAACACGGAUCUUACCCACAUUGAAGGUGUGCUCCACCAACUGAAUGAGAGUCGGAGUCAGCUGGAAGAGCUAUGGGCGGCAAGGAAAAUGAAACUGGACUUGUGUCUUCAGCUGCGAGUGUUCGAGAGGGAUGCACUUGAGGUGUCAUCACAGCUGGAGUUGUGGUCUGAGGAGCUUCAGCACAUGGAGAUGGUGACCGACGGCAGCAAGGCAGAGCAGCUGCUACAGAUGCACAGCGAUAGUGUCCUGCAUAUGCAGAACUGCACCUUCGAGGUUCUGCAGCGAGGACAGGAGCUCUGCCAGUUGACAGAGAGUUCGGGUGUGCAGCUUAUGUCAGACUCCCAGUAUGAUGCUCAGACCCGCAUCCAAGUAUUGCUUGAGUACCUGCAUGAGAGAGAGAUGGACCUUGAGACUUUGGCUGAACAGAAGCGCAUCCGACUCGAGCAGUGUGUCCUCCUUCGCAACUUCGAGAUUGAAGCUAGACAGGUGAUCUGCUGGGUGAGGAAUGGCGAGUCCAUGCUGACAGCCAGCUUCAUGUGCCCAAACUCCCUGCUGGAGGCGGAGCAGCUCAAGAAGGAGCAUGAACAGUUCAUGAUGGCCAUCGAGAAAACACACAUCAGCGUGGUGCAGGUCACCCAGAAGGCGGAGGCCAUGAUACAAGGGCAACACUACAAUUCUGAAUUAGUGCGAGCUAUUGCUGAAAAUGUCACAUUGGCAUGGCAACAACUUAUGUACCAUGCAGAAGAGAGGCACAAACUGGUGAUGGCAUCAAUGAACUGGUACAAAACUGCUGAGCAGGUCUGGUCAGUGCUGGAGUCUUUGGACAGAGAUUACAAGCGGGAUGAGGACUGGUGUAGUUCUGAGAAGGCGCACAUAGCAGACAAGGUGGCCUACCUGGUGCAGCUCAUCAACAAGCAUAAUGAGCAGAAAGAAGCCUUCCUCAAGGCCUGCACCUUGGCCCGGCGCACGGCUGAGACGUUCCUGAAGUAUGUCAACAGAAACCUCCACUUCCUUGGCAUGGAGAUGAAGUUUCGCAGUCCAGAGGGGCACGUCAAGGCCACCCUGGACCAGCUGCUUCAGCAGGAGAACGUUGUCAUCGAGUUUUGGACGUAUAAGAAGAGGAAGCUGGAACAGUGCCAACAGUUUGUGCUGUUUGAGCAGAGCGCCAAGCAGGCCCUGGAAUGGAUCCACGACUAUGGAGAGGCGUACCUCAACUCCCACACCCACCUGGGGGCCAACAAGCAGGAGACAGAAGGGCUGUUGAAGGAACACUAUGACUUCCGCAACAGAGCAAAGGAGACAAAGGAGAAUGUGAAGCUGCUGCUGCAGCUGGCUGAUGGCUUUGUGGCGAAGGGCAACAUCCAUGCCACCAGUAUCAUGCAGUGGUGCGCAGCUGUAGACAAGCGAUACAAGGAUUUCUCAUCUCGCAUGGAGAAGUACCGGCUACAGCUGGAGAGCAAGCUUGGAGUCACCGAGAAGGAGCCAGAGCAGACAGAAAAGGAAGACCAGCGUGAGCAGCGGCAGAGUGACGGCUCCAUUGAGGAAAAGCUCCAGAAGGGAACACCCAAGGAGCUGACAGAGGAGAAGAGGAAAUCUGCCCGCCGCAGAGAGUUCAUCAUGGCAGAGCUGCUGCAGACAGAGAGGACGUACGUUAAAGACCUGGAGACCUGCCUGAAGUGCUACAUGUACGUCAUGGACGACCCCAGCAACAACACACCACCAGGGAUUCUGGGAAAACAGAAAGUUAUAUUUGGAAAUCUGGAUGAAAUCUAUGAAUUCCAUAAGAGCAUAUUUUUAAAAGAAUUAGAGAAAUAUGAAACAAUUCCAGAAGAUGUUGGCCAUUGCUUUGUGACGUGGGCAGAGAAGUUCUCUAUUUAUGUGACCUAUUGUAAGAACAAACCAGAUUCCAAUGCCUUGUUAGUGGACCAAGCAGGCAACUUCUUUGAGGAGAUGCAGAGCAAGCACAAGCUGAACGACCCUGUAGCCUCCUUCCUCAUCAAGCCAGUGCAGCGCAUCACCAAGUACCAGCUGCUGCUCAAGGACUUGCUCACCUGUUGUGAGGAACACACAGGAGAAAUAAAGGAUGGGUUGGAUGUGAUGCUAAAUGUGCCCAAGAAAGCAAACGAUGCAAUGCACCUGAGCAUGUUGGAGGGUGUGGAGGAGAGUCUUGAGGCGCUGGGGGAGGUGUUGCUGCAGGACAACUUCACCGUGUGGGACCCCAAGCAACUCAUCAAGAAGGGCCGUGAGCGGCACAUCUUCCUGUUUGAUGUCUGUCUCAUAUUUGCCAAGGAGGUUAAAGACAGCACUGGCAAAUCCAAAUAUAUGUAUAAAUUUAAAUUAAUGAUCUCAGAAGUUAAUGUAACAGAGCACAUUGAGGGAGAUGAAACCAAGUUUGCCCUGUGGACUGGUAGAGCUCCGAUCUCCGACUACAGAAUUAUACUUAAGGCAUCCUCACUGGACACCAAGCAGCAGUGGGUGAAGAAGAUGAGGGAGCUCAUCCAGGAGCGUAUGAUGUACAUGCAUGAUGCACUCAAAGACAAACAACCAACCAUGUUCAAACCACCACCUAAACUCUUCUAUGGGAGCAGAGUCAGCAGGGAUAUGGAAAGUGACUCUGCUUCUCUGGAAGAAAUUGGAAUGGACCGGAGAGGGUCCUUGACAUCCAUAAACUCCACUGCCACCAGUGGUACCACAGACAGCAGCAGCAGUGGCGGCAUGCACAAGGGUGCUGGUGAUGUGACUGUAGUGAUAGAAGAUUUCUCAGCAUCUACUAGCAAUGAGGUUACACUGGCCAAAGGUCAGAGUGUGGAGGUCAUUGAUGCUGCACCAGGUCAUUCGGACUGGUGUCUAGUCCGAACAGUGCCAAAUGAGUCAGGGGAAACAACUCAAGGAUUAGUGCCAAUGUCGGCUCUUAAACCAAUCGCCAUUUUGAGGGCUCCAGGAUCACGAAACAGCCUUGACCUUGAUGAAGGAGAAGGCUCAUCAGGGCUAAACGCUUCAGCUUCUUCACCGGUGACAAAGAGAAGAAGCAGCUUCAGGAAGUGGUUGACAAAUCCUGUGCGUAAGUUGAGUCAUGGCAAGAUUGAGAAACAGGGUCAGGCUCUCCUGGAAGCCCAGCGACUGGCUGCAGCAAAGGGAGAACGGAAGGUGCUCAACCCACUCGGAGCAGCAAAGGAGCAGGCUGAACAGGGACAAAAUGUGGAGCAGGCAGUUACACCUCAGGUUGUCAUGGUUACUAAUAAAGCUCCAUUGGAAUCCACCAAUGAAGAGCCAGAACCAGCUCAAGAUAUUGAAAUACCUCCACCUAUGGAAAUUCAGGAUCACACUUUCAAGGCUGCCCAGGAACCACCGAUGGAAGAAGUCAGUACUAAACUGGCAUCCACCUUGUCCCUCAAGCAGCAACAGCAGCAGCAACAACAACAACAACAGCAACAGCAGCAGCAACAGCAGCCUUCAGCUGAGGCAGGAGGGACUGUAGACUUGGCCACUGAAAUGGAAAACAUGAUCUUUCAAAGAAUGGACCAACCGACAGAGGUGGUCCCGAAGUCCGACAGUGGUCCAGAAGAUGAGGAUGACAAGUCGGCUGGGGCUGAUGCAGAGGGCGACAAGGCCAAGUACCUCAAGAAAAGACAAUUUGUCCUACAGGAGCUGGUGGACACAGAGAAAGACUAUGUGAAGGACCUUGGAUGUGUGGUUGAUGGCUACAUGACGUUGAUGAAGGAAAGCCCAUUCCCUGAAGAGGGCAAGGAUAAGAUCAUCUUUGGCAACAUCCACCAGAUCUAUGACUGGCAUAAAGAGACUUUCCAACCUGAAAUUGAGAAGAUUUCCGAGGAGCCAGAGCGACUGGGGAUGAUCUUUGUCAGAUACGAGCGGCGUUUGUACAUGUAUGUCAAGUAUUGUGAGAACAAGCCGAAGUCAGAGUACAUAGUUGCUGAAUACUUAGAAACUUUCUUUGAGGAUCUGCGUCAGAAGCUAGGCCACAAGCUGACAUUGCCAGAUCUCCUCAUAAAGCCGGUCCAGAGGAUCAUGAAGUACCAGCUCCUGCUGAGGGACAUUGCCAAGUACACAGAAAGAGCUGGACUAGAUGUCACAGAUCUGAAGAAAGCCCUCAGAGUCAUGAAUGUCGUCCCCAAAGCAGCCAAUGAUAUGAUGCAAGUUGGGAGACUACAGGGCUUCAAUGGAAAGAUAACUGCCCAGGGGAAGCUGCUGCUGCAGGACACACUUCUUGUGUCUGAGAUUUCAGGGACGUCUGGACCACAGAAGUUCAAGGAACGGCGUGUUUUUCUCUUUGAGCAGAUCAUCAUCUUCAGUGAGAUGACAGAGAAACGGAAAGGAGAUUUCUCUAAUGCCAACUAUGUGUUCAAAAAUAGUGUCAAAGUCAACAAGAUGUCAAUGUCUGAAACUGUGGAAGGAGAGCCCUUCCGCUUUGUGCUGGUGGACCGCACCCCAGGGUCAGACAUGAAGUUCUACACUCAGGCCCCAUCAGAGGAGGUGAAACAAACAUGGAUCAGGGAAAUCAAGUCCAUCCUCGACAUGCAGGGGGACUUUCUCAGAGCCCUACAGUCCCCUAUCGCCUACCAGAAGGAACUCACUAAAGAGAUGUCUGCUCCUGAGUUCGGUAGCCUUCCCCGGGAGUCAGCAUUACGGAAGACACAUUCUCACCCACAGCAAGCAAAGGGAGUCAACCCCAUUGCAACCAAAUCAAAAGGUGGUCGUCAUGACAGUAAAAAGCAUGAACGAUGUAAAUCAGUUCCCGCACCCCUACCUGAACUCCCUGCUGAGGAUGCAUCCAAGUCAUCUUGCCCAAACUCUCCGACUGAAACAUCGAAAAGAUCCCACAAACCCUGACAGAAAACUUGGUGAUGGUGGUGCUAAGAAAAUGAGUGCAUCUGGUGGAUCCACCCCCAGCAGUGAGACGAGUUCAGGGGUGGCUGGCUCACCCAAGCCAAAAAAGACAAUAUUUGAAGGAUUUCGGAACACC